AUGUUCAAUGAGCUUCCGAACAAGUUGAAGACACUAGUGGUCAAGUGUCUUCCUCUGCAUGGGAGUUUGAGGAACCUUCGCCUCUCUUCGAGAUCCUGGUACCAUCUAACAACCGAGCGACUAUAUGAAAAUGUCCCGAUUAACAUCUACGCUUUACGACACGUCAAGCAUCUCAAGUUCGUUGAUGAGCCGUCUUGCGAUGGCUUUGAGGUUCACCAUUCGUGUGCCCCACCGGUACUUCACUGGCCUGAAGACCGAAGGGACGAAUACAUCUGCCGUGUCCUAGAAACGAUCUCUGAUGACAAGCUAGAGUCAUUCUGUGUCCCCAAUCGUAAGAUCCCCAGAUUUCUGCCUGGGAUGAGGUGGUUCGUUAGUCUCCUCUUGACGCAGUCACUUACUGCUCAAGCCUUCCCUCUGCGCGUGCGGGGAGAGGAUCUCCGCAACUCGAACCUGUUCAUCAACAAUGGCGAACUUCCGCGGGAUAGGUCGAUUUUCACGAUCAUUUCGUUGACCACAGGUUCGCGAUUUGCAAAACUCAAACGAAGCAUUAUGGUUAAGCGCAGUCUCAUGUCAACGCUUGUCCUUAUGUUAUAUGUUCUGGUCUUGAUGUUCAUCAUCUGCUCAGCUGUUCUCGUAGCAGGGCAAGGACUAUAUACUUAUAGGCUGUGCGUCGCGGGAACAUGGGUUUGUUUGAUCUUCUACACGUUUAUCAAAGCUAUAAUCUACGUUUUUCUGGUCGAACGCAUCCACGUUGUCCGUGCACCCUUUGUCAACAGACGAAAAGAUAAGAUAUAUCUAGGCUGCAUGACCAUGAUCGUUGUAAUGUACAGCUCCGUCGCCAUCAACUCCUACGUCAACCACGUGACCGAGUUACGAGAGUCGGACGGUCGUUGCCAUUUUGGUAUACGCGGCAUCGUAUCGAUACCAUUCACAGUUGUCAACUUCUUCACGGAUGCAGUGUUAACAGCUGUCUUCUUUUAUCUUCUUCGCCCGGUCGCACAGAUACCCGGUAUAUCGGCUUUCUCCAGAAUCUUUAAUACCAAGUCGAAUUAUGAGGGGAAUACGGUGCAUGGUGGAAAUGACACGCCUAUCAGAAAGAACAUUAGAACGUUGCUUUGGAAAAGCAUUGUUGGAUCCUUGUUGAUCGAGAUUCCAAUGGCGGCGAACAUGGUUCAGUUUGUUAUGACACGGGGCGAAGAACUGGGCAUGAUCUGUUUGACAAUCUGUCUUGUUGACGUAUGCUGGGAUGCACUGGUGAUUCAUUGGUUGACCUUUAGUUCCUCCGGCUCGGUCGCCGAGAAGGACUUGUCGCGGGCGACGGUGGUUUCCAGCGAAGACUCAUCGCUCAACCAGAUAACAGGUAGAGAUCGUUCCCGAUUGAGCAUUCGCGAGGAACCCAAACCUACCGCGCAAAACACGACCGAGAAGGUCACCGAUUCGCAACUCUCAGUACACUCUUCCAAGACCCAAGUCAAGGAACACGAGGUUGCCAGCAAGGGAGAUGUGCGCAGCAAGCAGAAAGGAGGCAACCUAGAGCGGCGAAGGAACGAGGUCAAGUCCAAGGACACGCAGGCCAAGAGGUAG